CGUGUAUGAGGCCCGAUGGGCGGGGCUUCACAGCCUGCAGCUCCACAAUAUAAAGAGAGAGCAGCUCAUUCAGACAGCAACAGAAGCUCUGAGAGACUGAAGCUGAAACUACAAUCCUUCAGAGACACAUCUGACACUAAAACUACCGCAAGGAUGCUUUUCGUCUACACUUUCCUGUUCCUGACUCUGAGCAGAGCAGCCCUCGGCUCUCUGCAGGACAAACAGACCGACUUUGGCCUGAAGGUUUUCUCACAGAUGGUCCAGAACUCUGCAGAACAGAAUGUGGCCCUGUCCCCGUACGGCGUGGCCUCGGUGCUCGCCAUGGCUCAGCUUGGAGCUGCAGGAAGCACACGCAAGGCUUUGACGGCUGCAAUGGGCUUCUCUCUGCAAGAGCGGGGGAUGUCCCGGCAGCAGCGUCUCCUGCAGCGAGAUCUGUCCAGUGAGGAGGGCGUGGAGACGGCCAGCGGAGUGAUGGUGGAGAGGAAGAUUAGCCUGGAGAAAGGAUACCGACGAGCCCUCGCCAAGGCCUUCCAGACUCACCCCCACCAGCUGGACUUCACCAAGCCGGACGAGGCCGUCAACGUCAUCAACGCCUGGGUGUCAGACCACACCGCAGGAUCCAUACCAGAGUUCCUAGCGUCUGGAUCUCUGUCUGAUGAGACCCGUCUGAUCCUCCUGAAUGCGCUGCACUUCCAGGGUCUCUGGAAGGUUCCCUUUGACCCCAAACUGACCCAGGAGAGGAUGUUCCACUGCGCCAACGGCAGCACUGUCCCCGUCCACAUGAUGAGACUCACCAACCGCUUCCACUAUGGUGAGUUUGUGACCCCUGAUGGUGUGGACUAUGACGUCAUCGAGGUCCCAUAUGAGGGCGACUCACUGAGCAUGCUCCUGGUAUCUCCCUUCGAGCCUGAGGUUCCUCUGAGCGCGCUCAGUGUGGAUCUGAGCAGCGAGAGGAUUCACCAGUGGAGAGCUGAGCUGAGGAAUGUGAAGAGACAGCUGGCCCUGCCCAGGUUUACUCUGGACACUGAGGUGAACCUGAAGUCCACUCUGCUGAACAUGGGUCUGGGCGACAUGUUCAACCUGGCUACCGCUGACUUUACUCGCAUCACCACUGACGAGCGGCUGUGUGUGUCGAAGGUUCUGCAGAAAGUGAAGAUCGAGGUGAACGAACGAGGAACCAGAGGAUCAUCUGCAACAGCUGCUGUCAUGUUCUCCCGUAUGGCCGUGGAGGAGCUCACUCUGGACCGACCCUUCCUCUUCCUCAUCCAGCACAAACCCACAGGUGCCGUUCUGUUUGCCGGUCAGCUCAACCAGCCUCAACAGCAAUAAGAGGAAGGCUUCACUUAUUCCACUGUGUCUGACUACUACUGCUGCUGCGACCGAGAGGACAGUUUAUUUAAGAUGGGCUGAAACAAGAAGACACAGAGAUGUAAAAAGUUACCUGGGACACUCUUAUGGAAGAUAUUUGUACAUUUUUAUUUAUUGUCUGAAUGUUUGUGGUGGACGGGACUAAAGAAAUGAAGGUUUACUAAUUAGACGGACAUCAUUGCACUUCACAUAGGACAGACUGUCAGCUGCACGUGUACCCAAAAAGAUUUAUUUUUAUUAUGUCUACUAUGUUUGUACGUCUAUUUUUGUACUUGCUCAUGUUACAUUUGUAUUUUUGCAGUAUUUAUAUUUAUUAUUAAAGUAUGUUUUUACAAAA